UUAUGAAACGUCGCUAAAUUGAUAAUGAAAUUAUAUUCUCUUAAGCCUGUUUCCAGUCUUCUUCCAAUUCUACACAUGAAGAUUUUUCAAAACGAGGUAUUUUUUUUUUCUGACUUGUUGUUCCCUCAGAUAAUCCAAAAGAUACAACAAGAAAAUAGUUUAUACUUUGACCGUGUUUGGUGCGGGUGUGGGUGCUAACUGCUAAGCAAUAAUAAAUUAUUUUAAAUUGAUGCAAAAUGAAACGCAAACAAUUUUAAGAAAAAAAUCCAAUUUUAUGUGCAAUUCAAUAUCUGAUCAGUAAAUGAUCAAUUUGUAAAUUUAUUACUCAAAUAUUAGUUCUUUUUGAAUACAAAAAAAAUAUGUUUAAACUAUUUCGAUCACAUAAAAAUUCUUUAAGAAGAGAUGUGUACUAUUUGUAUUGUACUCAACCAGUAGAAUCGAAACAAAUUAAACCAUUCGAUGAGAUACCUGGUCCGAGAGGUCCUCUAGGUUUAGGCAAUCUCUACAACUAUUUACCUGUCAUUGGAAAAUACUCAUGGUUGAAAUUACAUAAAUCGGGAUUCCAUAAAUACGAAACGUAUGGAUCGAUAGUUCGUGAGACAAUGGCACCGGGAGUGAAUAUUGUUUGGAUAUACGAUCCCAAUGAUAUUGCAGUGUUGCUGAACGAUAAGGAUUAUCCACAUCGACGAAGUCAUUUGGCAUUGGAAAAAUAUCGUACAGAUCGACCACAUGUUUAUCGAUCAGCUGGACUGAUACCAACAAAUGGUCCGGAAUGGUGGAGAUUAAGAUCGGAGCUGCAAAAGGAACUUAGUGCUCCGAAGAAUGUUCGUAGUUUUUUAAUGGAUGUCGAUAAAAUAACUCAUGAGUUUUUGGAUGUGCUGCCAGUGCAAAGUGAAUUCAAUCUUUUGCCUGAGUUGGCGAGACUAAAUUUGGAAUUAACUUGCCUUUUAACAUUCGACGAGCGUUUAAAUGCAUUUUCCCCCGAAGAACACCAACCCAAUUCAAGAACUUCAAAGCUUAUCAAAUCCACAGAAACAACAAACAGUUGUAUUCUACCAACAGAUCAGGGUCUCCAACUAUGGCGAUAUUUUGAAACUCCAACAUACAAAAAACUACGAAAAGCCCAAAAUUACAUGGAAAGUGUAGCUGUUGAUUUGGUAGCUCAAAAACUUGCCUAUUUCAAGGAAGAAAAUACUCAACAAUUGCCUGGAACUGGUAGCCUAACAAGAAGUUCACUUAUCGAAGAGUACCUGAAAAAUCCAAACUUGGAUCUAUCUGAUGUUGUUGGAAUGGCUUCAGAUCUUCUAUUAGCUGGAGUUGAUACAACUUCAUAUUCAACAUCGUUUGCUGUUUAUCAUAUUGCAAGACAUCCAGAGAUACAAGAAAAGUUGUAUCAAGAGGCUAAAACAAUUAUGCCAAAUGUAAAUGAUUCACUUACUGGUGAAGCUUUGAGAACUGGCAUUACUUACACUAGAGCUGUUUUGAAGGAAUCAUUUCGACUCAAUCCUGUUUCAGUUGGAUUUGGUAGGGUUUUGAAAAAAGAUAUUGUAUUGAGUGGAUAUCAUGUUCCUGCUGGGACGAUAGCAGUGACUCAAAAUAUGAUUGCAUCGCGACUGGAAAAACAUUUCGAACGGCCAAACGAAUUCGAUCCACAGAGAUGGUUGCAGAGGAAGACCAAUAUCAAUCCGUAUGUGGUUCUUCCAUUUGGUCAUGGAAUGAGAUCUUGUAUAGCUCGACGAAUGGCCGAGCAGAGUAUACUUGUUUUCUUGUUAAAACUCGUUCGGCGAUAUAAAAUUGAGUGGAAAGGAGUUGAAGAUUUGGACGUUAGGACUUUACUUAUCAAUAAGCCAGAAGAUCCUGUUAGUGUUGUACUUGAAGAAAGAAGUUAGGUUAAUGUAAACCAUUGUUAAGUUGGAAUUUGAAAAAAUAUUAGGUACCAUUUUUGGUAAAAAAUAUUCAAUUGUAUCAUUAUGCUGAGUCUCAUGCAAAGUGUUAAGAACUUCUUUCUAAGGAAAACAUUAUUUUAGCUUUAAAAUAUUUUCUUGGUAAAUAAAAGCUGCAUUGUAGUG